AUGGCUCAAUCCUCCACGGGGACGACCAGGAUCCCUUUCAUCAAUCAUGCCGGCACGGAUGAGAACGGCACGCUGCGAUUGAAGGCUCACAGGGAGAUCAAUCUCGUAAACAAACGCACGAGAGAACCGCUUGCCUUAUCAACACUCAUCAAUUGCGAUGGUGGGCAACGGAUCCGUGAUGCACUAAACCUCAUAGAUUAUUGGCCCAAGCUUCUCCCGAAGGCCGUCCAAGAUCUGCAAGCAGCCAGGGCCGAACUCAACGAUGAGCCCCAACGUGCCAUCGAUGAAUUGCGGGCGGCAAUGGACGAUCAUCGACCCAACAUCACACGUGGGGACCUAGGAGGCAUAGAGGGAUUCGAUCAGCCCGGCGUGAACGGCACCUUGUACGCCCUGCGUUUAAUAGGCGACGUGUACGUGCGGGUGCCUCUGGAAGACGACUUUAGAGAGCCCAAAUGGUUGAUCAACAUGACCCUCACCACACCUUAUAUCUUGUUCCACAAAGCGGACCACCAGGUAACCAGCAAUGAGUUCGUCACAGACUGGGCAAUCAAGAACCUCGACCCCCAAGCGAAGCCAUCAUCGUCCUGUUCCACAAUAUUGACGUCAACAAGGACGGCGUCAUCACCGAGGAUGUUGAUUUGCCUCUACAUCUUCCACUACUUCGACCAGGACGAAGACAAGUUGAUCACCGAAGCUGAGUUCGUCGUUCAGUGGGUGAAGAUGUCGUUCCCGAUCACAGCUAUCCGAGAAAUCAAAAUCCUGCAACUUCUGAAGAAUGAGAAUGUCGCCAACCCAAUUGAGAUCUGCAGGACAAAAAGCAGUGUCACCCUAGCCGUAUCCCCCUACAACAGAUUCAAGAGCACAUUCUACCUUGUAUUCGAGUUCUGUGAACACGACCUUGCUGGCUUGUUGAGCAAUGCCAAUGUCAAGUUCACCCUGGGGGAGGUCAAGAAGGUCAUGCAGCAGCUCCUCAACGGCCUCUACUUCAUCCACAGCAACAAGAUCCUCCACCGCGACAUGAAGGCAGCCAACAUCCUCAUCACUAAAACCGGCAUCUUGAAGCUGACCGACUUCGGACUUGCCAGAGCCUUCAGCGCCACAAAACCAGGCCAGCCAAACCGGUACACCAACAGGGUGGUGACACUGUGGUACCGGCCCCCGGAACUCCUGCUGGGGGAGAGGAACUAUGGGCCAGCUAUUGAUAUGUGGGGGGCCGGGUGCAUCAUGGCGGAGAUGUGGACUCGGAGUCCGAUCAUGCAGGGAAACACAGAGCAGCAUCAACUGUUGCUGAUUACUCAGCUAUGUGGCUCGAUCUCUCCAGAAGUCUGGCCAGGUGUUGAGAAGCUCGAACUGUACGAUAAACUGGAGCUACCAAAAAGUCAGAAACGGAAGGUAAAGGAGAGGUUGAAGUCGUAUGUGAAGGAUCAAUAUGCCCUUGACCUUUUGGAUAAACUUUUGACCCUUGACCCGUCAAAGAGGAUUGACAGUGAUACGUCUCUGAAUCACGAUUUCUUCUGGAUGGACCCGAUGCCAGCGGAUCUGAUGCCGAUGUUGUCGCGGCAUACAACGUCAAUGUUUGAGUAUCUGGCACCGCCGAGACGCAAGGGUCCGAUUCCACAACCGAUGCCGAAUAAACCAGUGGCCCAGACUCAACAUUUUGAGAGGAUAUUCUGAGAUAAUUGGAAAAGUGUUGUGAGGGUGUAUAUGGAACAAGUCUUGCGAGGGUGUAUAUAGACAAAAUGUUGUCUGGGUGUAUUUGGACCUUUUGAUAUCUGGGGGUGUUUGAAUCAACUGUAUUAUCAAGCCUGGAUCAUUUGUGAUAGGUGGACCAAGUGAUAUCUAGUGAAAGCU